CGUGGCAUUAUAAGUACGCACAACAUUUUAUAGUACCAGAAAAAUCUAAUUAACUUCAGGUUUGGUUUAUUUUCCUCCUUUCUUUAGGUGGAGGAGGCUGGUGUCCGCUGUCGCCCCCUGCUGGUGAGCAGGGAGAGCGUUUCAGUAAAGUCACGUGAUUUCGGGGAAACUGGAGGCGCUGCGCCGUGGAGCUGCAGCCUCCGUUCACCGACACACAGUCCGUUCGCACCGCGGAGGAAACAACCGAGUGACACCGUUUUUGAUGAAACCAUCAUCAAAUCAUGGCAGCAGGCAGAACGAGAUCCACCCGCAGGCUUCGCUCCUGGAUGGUCGAGCAGGUCAGCAGUGGGAAGUAUCCCGGCGUGAUGUGGGAGGACGAGGCCAAAACCAUGUUCCGCAUCCCGUGGAAACAUGCAGGGAAGCACGACUUCCGCAAAGAGGAGGAUGCCGCCCUCUUCAUGGCGUGGGCCAAGUUUAAAGGGAAGCUGACGGACAGCAAGCAGGACAACCCCGCCAUCUGGAAGACCCGGCUGAGGUGCGCCCUCAACAAGAGCCCGGAGUUCAAGGAGGUGAAUGAGCGAGCGCAGCUGGACAUCUCCGAGCCGUACAAGGUGUACCGGCUGGUCCCGAUCAGCGAACAGGGUGUGGUGAUACCGGAGAAGAAGACCAGAGAGAAGAGCAGCAGGAAGCUGAAGAGGAGGAAGAGCCAGCCUGACGACGAAGACUCCGGUCGGGUCAGACUGAUAAAGACAGAAGAGGUCGCGUCUCAGCCGCUGUGUGUGGACGAGCCGCUGCUGCAGAACCACGAGCCCGUCCAAUCAGAGGGCCCGUCUCGGAGCACCACCAUCAGCACCGGAGAUGCGCUGGAUGAGAUCCGGUUGGACGUGCGGAUCGAGGAGAGCGUUCCCAGCGCAACAAGCGCUGACGACUCCUUCGAUGUGGCGAUUCGUUAUUUAGGACAGGAAGUCCUCAGACGUCAGAUCCAAGGCACAGAUGUCCGGAUAACGUACCUGCCUUCCUCCUCCGUCCCUCCGACUUUGGCCGCCCUGAACGCCAGGUUUCCUCGGAUCCCGCUGCCGGAGCCGCCGUCCUCGCUGCUGGCCGGGCCCACGCUGCAGGCGCUCCACACGCUGCUGCCCUUCAUGGAGAAAGGAAUCGUGCUGACCUCCACGCCACAGGGAGUGUACGGGAAGAGGUUCUGCCAGGGCCGGAUCUUCUGGAUGGGACCUCACAGCGUCACGCCGGGCCCACACAGGAUGGAGAGGAACACGGAGCCGGUGCUGCUCUUCAGCAAGGACGCCUUCAAGCAAGAACUGGACCGGUUCUGCUCCGCCGGUGGGGAGCGUCCCCAGACCAGCUUCAAUCUGUGUUUCGGAGAAGAGCUGAACAACACGGAAGACCUGAGCAAUAAGCUCAUCAUCGCUCAGGUCUCUCUCCCGUGGGCCGAACAACAAGUCCAGAACUCCGUCUCCUUCUUCGAAACCAUCUCGGUGUUCCAGACGCUGGCGGGCCAGUCUCCUCUGGGUGAGAUCACCCUGGACAUCGUCACGGUGCCGUAGUCCUGCGCCUGCUCCGCCAAAAGAUCUGCUGCAGCAAAACCCACCUGAAGCAGACGCAGCAGGAGCUCCGCCCAGAGACUCGAUGGUUCCUGCUGCUGCAGUUUUUCUUUUACGUUUAAUCCAAUUUCACAAAAGGACGGAGAGAAGAUCCAGUUUUUCAGUUUAAAGCUGAAAAUGAGUGAAGCACCUUUAGUGGGAACACUACACGAUAACCCGGGGCGUCGUUGGGAUUCACCCAGGCUGAGAUCUGGUGUCACUUUAUUUUUGAGGUGCUUUUAACGGUCGGCCCAGGUUUGUCUGUGCUGCAUCGGCAACUUCAGACGUUUAGAGUGAAGAAACCACAAAACCACGUGGGCAGUGAAAAUGACGUUUUAUUGUUGUUAAAUGCUUUAGUUCUCUUUUAUUAGCUUUUAGAAAUGAUCGUUUUUCUCCUCAGAAUUUAGUUUUUACUGAUUUUAUCUGAAAAUGUUCAUUGAAAAAAGAAACAUUAAAACCGGCGCUCCAACAUAAAACAUUUUCUG